UGUGCAGGGUAACAGUACAUUAUAUUUUAAAUACUUUAAUACACUUUCAUUUUUGGCGUUACUGUUCCUUUAAAUACAGGUGUACACGGCUGUAGAAGGUCACGGGUUGCUGCUGAGGGGCCGGUUCCUUUUCAAUAGAAAACAUGUAAAAGCCUUAUCAAUAUAUAUUCUGUCAUACAACUGCAAUCCAUGUUACAUUAUAAUUAUGUAACAGGCAGACCUGUAAGGCACACACAGUGACACUGAGGUCCUGAAGGUUUAGGGGAACAGCUUGGGCCUUUGUUCUGCUAUUACAUAAAGCAGUGUGUGCCUCUUUGCCCUAUCUUUCCCUUUUUAAAAAAAGAAAAAUAUGGAUUUAACAUCCUAGUUUAUUGGCCCUGCACUUCUGUACUCUGCAGUGUAUCCUUGUAUUUAGUAUUGCAGAACAAGACUCUCUUGUAUGUCCUUUGCUGUUCCACCCCGCAGUAUGAGUCACCCCUCUGCCUUCCCUCCGCCUCUCUAUUGUUUUGUAUUCCUCCAGUGCCUUUUGGUACCUCCUCUACAUAUAGGCUAGAAUAAGCCCUCCCUCUGCAGUCUGCACAACAAGCCUUGGUGCUGCCAAAAAGUCAUUAUCUGAGUGGUUACAAGGUAAAGAGCUAGGGGCUGGAAAUGUAUAAAGAAAGUAAAUACCAAAAAGGCCAUUACAAUAUUGAAAACCAUGAAAUUGCUAUUAUUGUAUAAAGAAAUAUUCCAUAUUACGUGGAGAUAAGACAUUCUGCUGGGACCCUUAUAUCCUCUGCACCUCUUUUCUGUUUUGCUUUGUCCCUGCAUUUAAACAUCCUGUGGCUGUUAUCUCUGUCCUAGCCUGUGUUAUCCUUUGCAUUAGAGGCUAUGCAAUAAAUCAUCACUCAAACCCAUAGCCCCAUUCUACAGACGUUGUAUUUCUCUCCCUCUCUCUCAUGAUUACUUUUGUUCUGAAACACUAACACCAAUGGUUUCCUUCGAAAAUAACAUUUCGCUGCAUGCUUUUAGUUCUGUAUAAGUCAAAAAACAACGUAAAUCAAGAAAGGCAGUCGGAAGCCAAUCAGUAUCUGCCUUGGCCUUGCUCCUAUUUUGGGCUUCUGGUUCCACCACAAUUGGUCCUAUAUAAAUGAAACAAAAUGACCUUGGAUUGAAGUGUGCCAGCCCAUGCAGAACUAAAGAGAAUGAAAUGGCAGCUGUGGGAACGAAUGGGUUUUGCACUGAUAGUCUUCGACAACUAUUACAAGGAAUAAUUAAUUUAAUGCAUAGAGCUGACUAGUGAGUAACAGGGGAGGGCAACCUCCUUAUUUAUUCUAUGAAAGCAGGACUACUGGAUCAUGCUUGUCUCGGCAGCUGCAGCUUCUUAAGGUGCUUUUAAAUACAGAUGCUUUAGACACAUCAAGACAAAUCCCCGCCAGCAGCUCUCUUUGGUCCUCAGUGGGACGGCACCAUAUUUAUGGUUUAGGUGACGGAUAGAUGUUUGCUUUUAGUUUUACUCUCUUGUUUCCCAGUUUACCUUUGAAACCGUAAACACAUGUUUCUGCACAUCGCUUUACUACUAGUUGGUAAAACAAUACUUGCACGCUUUCUAAGAAAAUAAACUAAUCAAAGUUCCAUCUCCUGUGUUCAGUCUGUAUUUCAGGGAGCACAGUUUUAUGUCACUGUACACUAGUAUCUCUUCUUUUUUUUCUUUAUUAUUAUUAUUAUAGCAGCAAUCUUUUUGUUUUCCCUUUUUUUGCAUGAAUGUCAACUUUCACAAAAUUCAAACACUGGUGUAUAAUUUAUGGCAAGGAAGAGGGGCGGGGGGGGAAGAUUUUUAUUACCGGAAUAUUUUCGUUUUUUUUUUCCCCUUCUUUAAUCCUCAUCUGAUAGGAUAACAUUGGACACAGACUACUACAGAAGCAUGGCUGGAAACUUGGUCAAGGACUUGGCAAAACUAUGCAGGCAUAAUGCCCCGGGACUUGUUGUGGUGAUGGUAAACUUAGCCGUGGCAGGACAGACCCUAUCCCUAUUGUUGUCAAAUAUGAUGUCAUGGGAAUGGGACGCAUGGAGAUGGAGCUGGACUAUGCAGAAGAUGCCACAGAGCGUCGCAGAGUUUUGGAAGUGGAAAAAGAAGAUACAGAAGAAUUAAGACAGAAAUACAAGGAUUUUGUGGACAAAGAGAAGGCUAUAGCAAAAGCCCUGGAGGAGCUGCGGGCAAACUUCUACUGUGAGCUCUGUGACAAGCAGUACCAGAAACACCAGGAGUUUGACAAUCACAUCAACUCCUAUGACCAUGCACACAAACAGAGGCUUAAGGACUUGAAGCAGAGAGAAUUUGCCCGGAAUGUAUCCUCUCGCUCCCGGAAGGAUGAGCGCAAGCAGGAGAAGGCUUUACGUCGGUUGCUGGAGCUAGCAGAACAGCGGAAACAAGCAGAAAGCAGUGUUCCAGGUAGUGGUCCCAUGUUUAAAGCCACCACUGUUGCUGUGGGUGACGAAGGAGAUGAAGAUGAUGAUACAGCUGUUGGUUUCAGUCCAGUGGCUCAAGACAGUCCUAAAUCUACACACGAAGACAGGGUGCCUCAAGAAUCUCCUGCAACCCAAUCUGUUGCCCCAGCUGUCAGCUUUGGAUUUAAAAGUCCAGCAAGCAUAGCUUCUCAACAGAAAGUGGGCUUUUCUUUUUCUUUUGCUAAAAAGACACCACUGAAGUUAGAAUCUUCAGCUGCAGUAUUCAAAGAUCUUGGGGAGGAGAUAGGACUAGCAGAGGAGGAGAAAGAGGAGGAGAAAGCACCACUUGACUUUUUGGGAACUCUCAAGGUUGGUGAGGUGGUAAACAGCAAAGUAAUUGAUGACAAAGCAGAGGAAGAAGAAACUCAAGUUGAUAGCGGUGCAUCCCUUGAAAGCACUUUAUCAAAACUGAAGAAGAUGAAACAUGAGGAAAGAGGAGGGCAGGCCGGGGAGCCGGAGUAUUAUCACUACAUGCCCCCUGCACACUGUAAAGUAAAACCAAACUUCCAGUUCCUGCUCUUCAUGAGAGCCACAGAACAAACCCAGGCCGAGAAUGUGCCACCAAAGGAGGAAAAGAAACCCGCUGCCCCAAACAAGGCCAAAGCUGGGAAAUCCCCAGAGAAUAAGACGGAAAUGUCUUCAGUUGCCGAGGGAAAGGCAGCAGGAGCAUCAUCACAGCAGGAAACCAGUGCUACCAGUACUAAAGCAGAAAAUAAAGAAACUGCAGCUGAUCAGGCAAAGGUUAGCCUUACACCAAGUGAGGAGCCUGCUAAGGAGUCAGAGGUGCCGAAGAAGGAACAGCCAGAGAGGCCUAAAAAUCCAACCGGUCCUUUUUUUCCAGUCCUGAGCAAGGAUGAAAGUACUGUCCUGCAGUGGCCCUCUGAGCUCCUGAUUUUCACCCAGACGGAUCCACCCAUCUCUUAUAGUUGCAAUCCUUUAUACUUUGACUUUAAGCUGUCCCGAAACAAAGAUGGCAAGGGCAAGGGAGCUGAGAAAUCAAAGGAUAGUCCAGAGACAAACAAAGAUACUCAGUCUGUUAAUGUGCAAAAUAAAGUCCCCAGUUGUCCUGCUGAAGUUAAAAAGGAAGUCAACCCCGCAGUGCAUACAUGCAGGACUCAGUUAAAACCUACCUCUUCUGUCACAGGGGAAAGCAAACCUGACCACACUCAAGAUGAAAGCAAAGAGGAUGCUACUGGGAAGUCCCACAAGCACAAGAAAAAAAAGAAACACAAGAAGAGUAGCAAGCGCAAACGUAAACAUAGGGAAGCAGAGGACGGAGUAGAGCCAAAAUCCAAGAAAAAAAAGAAACACAAGCACAAAAAGUCAAAAAAUGCUUCCAAAACCACAGUAAAGUUGGAAGAGGCCGAGGUAGUAAUAUCUCCAGCAGGGAUGAGUUGCACUAGAGAAACUGCUCCAAAGAAAACACUAGAUGAUAAAAUAGCUGUGGGAACUGCUAGCAGCACUAAACCAGAGUCUGCGGUUUCCUCUAAAGACCCAGAGAAUAAAAAGACCAAAACAGAACAUAAACAGACGCCCCUUCUUACCUUACCACUUGCUUCAUCCUCUUCCUCCCAUCGGCAUGCACCCAGUAAGACCAGGAGUCGGCAAAGCAGUGGAGAUUACGAUAGCGAAGAUGAUGCCUCUUCAAACAGGAAAAAAUCCACGUCCCGUUACAGUGAUGAAGACGAUUCAACCAGUGACCAUUCGAGAAGCCGAUCAAGAUCAGCAAAAAGAGGUCGCUCUUACUCCUCCAGCUCUGGAGGGUCCACAGACAGAAGCAGAUAUAGUCGUAACCGAAGUUACUCUGACAGUGAUUACACUGACUACAGCAGUGGUUCAAGACACCGAUCCAAGCGUUCACCAGGCUCAGACUCUGACUCUGCAGCCUCAAAGAGACAUUCCACUAGGCGAAAGUACUCUUCAUCUGAUUACAGCAGGAGUAGAUCAAGGAGUCGAAGCCGCUCGAGGGGAAGUAGGGGCAGAGGCAGAGGAAGGUCAAGUAGUAGCAGUCGAAGUCGCAGCAAAAGGAGAAGCCGUAGUUUAACCGGUCAUAGCUGGAAACGGAGCCGAAGCUACAGCAGAGAUCGAAGCACUAGUGCUCGCAGCCACUCUGGAAAAGGAUCACAUGGAAGAGAUAGUGUUGAUAGCCGUAGAGGCGGCAGGAGGGAUUUCAAUCGAUCCAAAAUAUAUAGGUCACAGUCCCCUCGUUACAGCCGAUCAGGGAGCAGAAGAGAAGAUAAUCGAGGGACUGAAUCAAGAGGAGCCAGCAGUUCCACAUUUCCUCGCAGAAGUACUGAAAAAGAAGUGGGGAGAGGCUCGCUAACAGCCAAGCAGUUAUUAGAAAAAAUUCAGUCGCGGCGAAUGGAGAAAAAUUUAUCCACUGGAGAUGAAGGCAGCUCUGGUAGCAGUAAGCUUGGGGCUAAAGUAAAAGACCCACCUCAGGGAUAUUUUGGCCCCAAAUUACCUCCUGCCAUUGGCCCUAAACCUCAGACGUUACCCCUAAUUGGAAAACUGCCAGCUACUCAAAAAGUUGGGGCACCUCGCAAAGUAGAGAAUGAUACAGGAGAUUUGCCAGAGACUGUAGAAGGAGAGCAGGAUCAAGAGGGGAAGUCUGUAAAAGUGGAGAACCCCACUGUACCUGAUCCUGUUGCAAGUAGCACAGAGCACUUGAACCCUGAAGAAACCGUUUGUUUCAAUCCUCCUCCACCAAGUUUUGUAGAGGGCACAGCACCGCAUCCGCUAGGCAAUGGAAAUCCACCAUUUCCACCACUUCAUGGAAGGUUAAUGCCCCCACCUCCUGAGUCAGAGUUCUUUCACCCACCCGCUUUUCCACCCCUAGCAGUAGAUUCUGGUUCAGGGCGUGCUGAAGGGGAAGAUGAUAACGAAGAAGAGGAUGAAGAAGAGGAUGAGGGGUCAUUGGCCCCACUGGAGAGCCAGCCAAUCACUUUUACUCCUGAGGAGAUGGAGAAGUACAGCAAGCUACAGCAGGCAGCUCAGCAGCAUAUUCAACAGCAACUUUUGGCCAAACAAGUUAAGAAUUUCCCAGCUGGUGUUGUUACACCAACUUUACAGCCUGCUACCCAGGCUCUGCAGCCUAUUCACAUACAGCAAGCACCCCCUACAGCAUCUGCCGCCUCCAUUACCACUGUCCAGCAUGCUAUAUUACAGCAUGCCGCCGCUGCUGCAGCUAUUGGCAUUCCGCCCCACCCUCAACCCUUAGCCCAAGUACACCAUAUCCCUCAGCCACACCUUGCUCCAAUUUCCCUUUCCCAUCUAACUCACUCCCUCAUUCCUGCUCAUCCAGCUGCCUUUCUUGCCAGUCAUCCCAUACACAUCAUCCCUGCUUCUGCUCUUCACCCUGCUGGUCCACUCACCCUUCACCAUGUUCCCCAUGCUGCCCUUUAUCCAACUUUGCUUGCGCCUCGGCCUGCAACUGCUGCUGCUGCCACUGCUUUGCAUCUCCACCCUCUACUUCACCCCAUUUUCUCAGGCCAAGACCUGCAACACCCACCAAGCCAUGGGACAUGAGUGGAGCUUGAAAUGUAUACCUUUCCUAAUUGUUACAAACCCACUGGACAUCACUAGGGUUUCUGCCUUGGCACAACUGGUAACAUCCACAAAUGAAGAUGACCGCUGGCCCUUUCCAUAGUCACUCCACUUUCCAGCUGGGGACAGUGUAGGGCUCAUUCUGUGGAUUGUCACCUUUCUUACAUUAUUUCAGAUUACCUGUGCUCCUCUUUAAGGACGACCUUGAUAAUUAGGUUUAACCAGGUAUUUGGAAAUAAACCCACCAGUAUGUGGCAGACUUUUAUUUACCCCCCCCCCCCCCCCAAAUCAUGCAACAGAGUUUGUUAAACCAUUGCAACAGUGCACCGAGCCAUGUAUAUGCCUCCCCCAUGUCGUUGCAGUAGAAUGAUGUCAACUGAACUUACAAAGCUGAGGACGUACUGGUGGGAGAAGCCACCCCUUAUUACAAUGUUUAAUAAGGCAUCUGCACUCUGUAUAAAAUAUUUUUUUGUUUCUUGCUGUAGUUGUACAAUAAUCUACUUCCGAAGGGCAAACAUGUAGAGCUGCUGUGGCAUGUAUAUUUUAUCUUUUUUUGUUUUUUUCUAUGUAUGAUAAAAAUGUACAAAGAAUAAUAAAACCUUUGAGGAUUGCAGAGUAAAACCUAAUAUUGUAAGAGACUAAUAAAAAGAGCAGUUGGUUUGUCUAAAA